CUUUUCGGCGCCACCACCUUCUUGGAAAUGAGUCAGAGCAAAGGGGAGGGGGCCCAGACCACUGCCUCCCCUGGCAGGCCCCAUAAAAGCCACCGUCACUGGGUCCCAGACACCAGAGCCAGCUCAAGACCUAGCAGUGGGACAGCCAGACAGCACGAUGGCACUGAGCUCCCAGAUCUGGGCCGCUUGCCUCCUCCUCCUUCUCCUCCUCGCCAGCCUGACCAGUGGCUCCGUUUUCCCACAACAGCCGGGACAACUUGCAGAGCUGCAACCUCAGGACAGAGCUGGAGCCAGGGCCAGCUGGAUGCCCAUGCUCCAGAGGCGAAGGAGGCGAGACACCCACUUCCCCAUCUGCAUUUUCUGCUGCGGCUGCUGUCAUCGAUCAAAGUGUGGGAUGUGCUGCAGGACGUAGAACCUUCCUGCCCUGCCCCCAUCCCCUCCCUUCCUUAUUUAUUCCUGCUGCCCCAGAACAUUGGUCUUGAAAUAAAACAGCUGAUUCUUUUGUUUUCCAAA